UGACUAGGCAAGUCGCGCCCAACCGCCAAUCAGCGGCGACGCUGGACGGAGACGUGCUACGCCGUGACGUCAGCGUAGGUGGCGGCGCCCUGAAGAUUCACGCCGGUGCCCUUUACGAUUGCACGUCGCUCGUGUCAGGUUUGGAGUCGGACGGACUCUGCCGUCUCCAGCCAUGUUCUCUCUCCGAGGCUGCGGUCGCUGGGUCGCGGCCUCCCUCGCCAAACAGCACCUUCCGCCCGCCCGGCUCCGCGGCGACAGCGCUGCGCCCUGGGCCCCGCACUACGACGUGGUGGUGGUCGGCGGAGGGCACGCGGGCACGGAGGCAGCCGCCGCGGCCGCGCGGUGCGGUUCCCGAACGCUGCUCCUCACGCACCGCGUGGACACGAUCGGUCAGAUGUCCUGUAAUCCUUCCUUUGGUGGUAUCGGAAAGGGGCAUUUAAUGAGGGAAGUGGAUGCUUUAGAUGGCCUGUGUUCCCGAAUCUGUGACCAGUCUGGUGUACAUUACAAAAUAUUAAACCGGCGUAAGGGACCAGCUGUUUGGGGUCUGAGAGCUCAAAUUGAUAGGAAACUCUACAAACAGAACAUGCAGAAAGAAAUCCUAAAUACACCACUGCUUACGGUUCAGGAGGGAGCUGUAGAAGAUCUUAUACUUACAGAACCAGAACCUGAGCACACUGGGAAAUGCCGUGUCAGUGGUGUUGUUUUGGUGGAUGGAAGCAAAGUCUAUGCAGACAGCGUGAUUCUGACUGCUGGGACAUUUCUGAGAGGCAUGAUUGUAAUUGGAUUGGAGAUGCAUCCGGCAGGACGUUUAGGAGACCAGCCUUCCAUUGGGUUGGCUCAGACUCUAGAGAAGUUGGGGUUUGUGGUGGGAAGAUUGAAGACUGGGACUCCACCCCGAAUUGCCAAAGAGUCCAUUAAUUUCAGUAUUCUAAACAAGCAGACACCAGAUAAUCCAUCCAUACCAUUCAGCUUUAUUAAUGAAACAGUGUGGAUUAAGCCAGAAGAUCAGCUACUGUGUUACUUGACUCACACCAACCCUAGAGUGGAUGAGAUUAUCCUUGAGAACCUGCACCUUAAUAGUCACAUUAAGGAAACUACAAAAGGACCCCGAUACUGUCCUUCCAUUGAAUCAAAGGUUUUGCGUUUUCCAAACCGUAUACAUCAGGUUUGGUUGGAACCUGAAGGAAUAGAUUCUGACCUCAUCUACCCCCAAGGGUUAUCUGUGACGCUACCAGCUGAAUUACAGGAGAAAAUGAUCACAUGCAUCAGAGGCUUGGAGAAAGCUAAAAUGAUCCAGCCAGGCUAUGGUGUUCAGUAUGAUUACUUAGACCCCCGUCAGAUCACUCCUUCUCUGGAGACUCAUUUGGUGCAACGGCUUUUCUUCGCUGGACAGAUAAAUGGCACUACUGGUUAUGAGGAAGCUGCAGCUCAAGGUGUGAUAGCUGGAAUCAAUGCAAGUCUUCGGGUCAGACGCAAGCCUCCUUUUGUCGUUAGCCGAACAGAAGGCUACAUAGGAGUCCUGAUUGAUGACCUCACCACACAGGGCACUAACGAACCGUACCGAAUGUUUACCAGCCGAGCAGAGUUCCGUUUGUCACUGCGCCCUGAUAAUGCUGACAGCCGCCUCACAUUCCGAGGGUAUAAGGAAGCUGGCUGUGUGUCCCAACAAAGAUAUGAAAGAGCUUCUUGGAUGCAGUCUUCUUUAGAUGAAGGCAUUUCCGUCUCCACAUCCAUUGAGUUUUCAAGUUCUAAAUGGAAAAAGUUAAUCCCAGAGGCUUCUAUAAGUAUGGGUAAAGUUGUAUCUCUCAGAGCUCUAGAUGUUCUGAAGUAUGAAGAAGUUGACCUGGAGUUAUUAGCAAAGGCUGUUCCAGAGCCCUUGAAGAAGUAUACUCAAUGUAGAGAGCUAGCUGAAAGACUGAAAAUAGAAGCCACUUAUGAAACAGUAUUGUUCUAUCAGCAACAAGAAAUAAAGGACAUUCAGCGAGAUGAAGCUCUCCAACUGCCAAAAGACCUAGAUUAUUUGACUCUCAGGGAUGUGUCUUUGUCCCAUGAAGUUCGAGAGAAGCUACAUUUCAGUCGCCCACAGACGAUUGGGGCUGCAAGUCGGAUACCUGGAGUGACACCUGCUGCCAUCGUCAAUCUGCUCAGAUUUGUGAAGACCAUUCAGCAAAGACAGGCAGCUAUGAAUGAGUUGCCCAAAAAUGAUCAAUGCUUAUGUGAUACAGACAGACUUGAAGAGAGACAGUUAUAGCUUUCUGUUCAUCGAAGACUUACAAUCAAUGUAAGAGUAUAGAUAGGAGAUAAGAAGUAUUUCUACUUAACACUUGUUAAAAAACCUUAAUUAUUAUGGUUUUGUCAUUAAUCUAUGAAGAAGACAGAUAUUAUCAUUGUGCUUUUUUUGUACAUCUGAAAAAAGUUAUAAACUCUUAAUUUAUACUCUUUCUCUCAGGUGCUCUAAUGCAGUGAGCCUAUUAAUAUAACUUUGUGCAAAGCCCAUUAAAGAGAGAUAUAGUGGCCUGGCUGGUGUGGCUCAGUUGGUUGGGUGAUGUCCCGUGUACUGAAAGGUUGAUGAUUCAAUUCCCAGUCAGAGCACACACCCAGGUUGUGCAGCUGCUUGGUAUUUUGCUCUCACAUCGAUGUUUCGCGCUCUCUCUCCCUCUCCCUUCUUCUCUAAAUAUCAAUUUAAAAAAUCUUUUUUUAAAAAGAGAGAGAGAUAGUGGACCUAAAACUAAAGCUGAAAAAAAAAUCUUAGCUUGCAGAUUUGCCUACUCAACUCAUAAGGAUUUUGUCCAUUAAAUGUAACAAAAUAAAACACUUAUUUUUCAA